UCUGACUGACUAUCUGAUAGUUUAUAGCUCUGCAGUAAUCUGUGGUGUCUGAGUGUCUGCUGUCUGUCUGUGUCUGUGGUUGUCGAGCUUGUCGUUUGUCGUGUGGAUAUUUACUAAAAAUUGAUAUUUGUUGUAUUGAUAAACUUAAUAAUUAAAUAAAAAACAAAAAACGACACAUGGAAACUCCUAUAAACAAUUAAACGUCUUGAACACAUAAUUUAUGCAAUAUAAUUUUAUCUCGUGAGAUGUUAGUGCGGCGGCAUCUCGAAAUCGAAGUGAUCAAUUAGCUACGUCUACAUGCCAGUCUCCCCAGUGAGACAAGUGAAAGUGCAACAUGUCGAAGUUGUUGUAAAAUGAGUGACGAGUGUUAAAGCAGUCGAAUGGAAAACGUAAACUUUCAGCCGAGCGGGGAGGAGAUCGAACGGGCCUUGAUGGACCUGGGCCCCCUGCUCGGCGUCUCCAUCAAAGAGGAGGUCCCGGAGGAACUGCCCGAUGGCACCGCGCCGCCUGCGGCUUCUCUCAAUGUAAGCAGCACGCCCGAUGGCGACGCGGCGGGCUGCCCCGGCGACGCGGCGGAGGCGGGCGAGGCGGGCGCGCUGGGCGAGGCGGGCGAGCCCGGCAAGGCGGGCGCGGCCGACUCGCUGGCGUCGCCCGGCGCGGCGCGCGCGCUGGCCGCCGACACGCGCUGCGUGCUGUGCCACGCCGUGCUCGUGCUCGCGGAGGGCACGCCCAAGCUCAUGGAGUGCCUGCACUCCGCUUGCGAAUCGUGUAUCAGAGCCAAGCUAGAAGAGAAGCAAGCCAGUUCGAGAGAUUUCUUGGGAGCCGAGCGUGUGACCAUUACCUGUCCUGCAUGUCGCCUGCAAUGUCAGGUGGCCAACAUGAUCGACCAGCGCUUUGUACUUGAGAAAAUGGCACUGGACCAAGCGGGCUCUAAUGGCGGCGCGGGCGGCGAGCAGCAGUGCAACAGCUGCGAGGACACGGAGCCCGCCACCAGCUACUGCGUCGACUGCGCCGAGUUCAUCUGCGACAACUGCGUACACGCGCACCAGAGGCUGAAGAUCACGAAGGAGCACACCAUCAAGUCGCGGGACGAGGCGCUGGCCGAGCUGCAGGCGGCGCAGGGCGGCGCGCGCAGCGACCACGACAUGUUCUGCAGCGAGCACGUGCAGGAGCGGCUGACGCUGUUCUGCGAGACCUGCGACCGGCUCACGUGUCGCGACUGCCAGCUGCAGCACCACCGCGACCACAAGUACCAGUUCAGCACCGAGAUGGCGGCGCAGGCUCGCGCGCAGAUAUCGGCGCUGCUGUCGGAGGUGAGCUACAAGCGAGUGUUGCUGGGCUCCGCCAUGAAGGUCAUCCGCGACCGCCAGCAGCUCAUCGCCGACAAGAAGAAGGCGCUCGUGCACGAGAUCACGCAGACCGUCGUCAAGCUGACCAACGCCAUCAACACGCGCGGCAAGCAGCUGGUGCUGCGCCUGAACGAGGUCUGCGAUGCCAAGCAGCGCACGCUGAGCGAGAAGAAGGAGGCGCUGCAGCAGCUGGCCGCCAUCACGGACCACUGCGUGGCCUUCGUGGCCGGGCCCGUCGCCGCCGGCUCCGACACGGCCGUGCUGCACGCCAAGCGUGCCGUCACGGCGCACCUGCAGCGCAUCAAGAGCCGGCGCGCCGACAUCCCCAACCCCGAGAUCCCCGUGCGCAUCGCGCUGGCGCUCGACAAGCUGCCCGAGCUGUGCAAGGUGCUGGGCUCGCUCGGCGCCAUCGUCGUCGACGGCAAGCUGGACGGCGCGCCCGCCGCGCCCUCCGCCCAGGGGCCCUACCAUCCGCCCGCGCCCCCCGCGCCAUCAGCGCCCGCCGCGCCCCCGCACUCCGCAGUCGUGGCGCUCCAGCACGUGGCCAUGCAGCAGAAGACAGUAAGUUCGCAAAUAAUGUUUGUUCUCGAUGUCAGGUCUGUGGGCUAUAGUAUGUGUGCAUGUUAUGUAUACAAUGGUGUUGUGAGUGUGCGAGCAGUAGAGUGCAGGCAGUGUAACAUGUUUGGUGCAGUCGUACGUGCAGGCGGGGCCGGGCGGCGCGGGCCCCGGCGCGGGCCCCGGCGCGGGCCCCGGCGGCGGGUUCCUGCCGCUGCAGCAGCACGGGCUGCGCGCGCGCAACACGCCGCUGCGGCACCCGCACGUGACGUCGACGACGCACCCGCACCACCUGCACGGUCAGUACCCGCCGCGCCGCCGCGCCGCCGCGCCCUCCGCGCGCUCGCGGCCCUCUCACCCGCCCCCUGCGCAGGCAUGAACGAGAUGAACCUGCGCGGCCUGCUCAACGCGCAGACGGGGCGCGGCGCGCGCGCCCUGCCGGCGCCGCACGCGCUGCCGCAGCACGCGGCCCACGCCGCGCACGCCGCGCACGCCCAGCACGCCCCGCACGCCCAGCACGCUCAGCACGCGCAGCACGCUCAGUUCGCCAUGCACACCUACCAGCAGAUCAUGGGCGCGUACUCUGUGGCAGGCUACGGAGGGGGCGGGGGCGCGGGGCCCGGAGUAGGGCCCGGGCCGGGGCCCGGUGGGCGGCGCAGUGGCGGGCCGCGCACGCCGUCCCCCGCGCCCGCGCCCCCCGCCUACCCCGCGCCCGCGCCCAAGUGGCACAUCCCGCAGGAGGGCGCGGCCGACUACAAGAUCACGCUGGGCCGCGCGCGCCCCCCGCCCCCGGCCGCCGUCACCUCCACCAACCCCAAGACGCCCAGCCCCAGCCUCAACGGCGGCGGCGUGCCGGGCGAGCUGGACAAGGUGUGCGCCGCGUCGGUGCAGGACCUCAUGGCCACCAUCGCCAAGCUGGACUCCAACGGCGUGCAGGUGGUGGCGGAGGCCGGGGAGCCCGCGCCCUCGCCCGCGCCCCACGUGCACUCCUCCACGGACGAGCCCAAGGCGGGGCCCGGCGACCCCAACGAGGACUGGUGCGCCGUCUGCAUGGACGGCGGCGAGCUCAUGUGCUGCGACAAGUGCCCCAAGGUGUUCCACCAGUACUGCCACAUCCCCACCAUCGACAAGCUGCCCGACGAGUCGGAGACGUGGCAGUGCCUGCUCUGCGUCAACUUCGCGGAGCUGGCGCCGGGCGACGCGACGCGCGAGCAGCGCCUCAUGGAGCGCCUGACGCUGGAGCUGUACUGCCAGUACGAGCCCAGCCUGGCGCUGCGCGAGCCGCACGGGCCCGCGCCCACCUGCCUGGACGCCAUCCGCAUGAAGCUGCAGCCGCGCAGCCCGCAGCGCUACGCGCAUCUGGCGCACUACGUCGCCGACGUGCGCCUGCUCUUCCGCAACGUGUACCGCUACAACCCGGCCGACUCCAGCAUCUACAAGGACGCCAAGCGGCUGGAGGAGUUCUUCGACGCGCAGCUGCUGAAGUGGCUGCCGGAGUACGCGUACUGGGGGGGCGACGGCGAGCCUCCCGCCAAGCGCGCGCGCCCCGACCUGGCCCCGCCGCACUGAAAGUUCCUCUAUACUUAGUGGCGCGCCCCCGGCCUCCGCACCUUAUGUUACUGCAUCGCCUCGCCGUUCCCUGUUCCGAGGCGACCCACUCGACUGAACUUAAGUCGUAUUCUGUUAUAGGACAGUGGUGCGACUCUUACUUUAUUGUAGCUUUUAUUUUUAUAUUCAAAAUAUUCAACCAUAUUUUAAUGCAACAACUGAUUGCAAGAACAGCAGUGAUUGCAGUAUGAGUUUAGUUGAAGCAACUAGUUGGAUACAUUUUUCAUUGAAAGCAAUAAUAUAACAUUUUUAUAACUUAGAUACAUGUGUCAACUUACUGAUCACAUGUUUUGACAAAUUGGUGUAUUUACACAUCUUGCUUUAUUGCCUUACUUGUGCAGUUACAGGUUACAAUACUAUAAAGUCACCAUUCCUUAUAAUGUUAAAUGUUUAUGUUACAAAGGUAUUUUUAUAUAUUAAUACAUAGGUAGCAUGUUGUUACAUCUGAUAAUUAAUAUGUUACAAUCUAUUACAAAAUGUGGGUGAGUAUUGAGUCAAAGUUGUACUCUCUAAACAUCAUCUUGGAUCACUUCAUUUUAAGUAAUGUUAAGUACAUUAGAUGUAUUGUAUGUACAGUAUGCACGACCACUGCGCGCCGGGUGAACAUUGGCCGAGGUCGCAUCCUCAACCGAACUAUCACAAUGCGCAGGGGUUGGCAAUUAGCGUUUCAUCUAUACUAAUACAAUAAAGCUCAGGUACACUGGUUCGAAUUAAACCAAUUCUUUUUGUGUUAUGUAUAUUGACAAUUUAUUGAGAAAGGUUACAGGCUAUUGAAAUAGACAGUACAUACAAAUAAAACCUACAUUAAAACCGUUUAGUAAUUAAAUUAAGAAUAUAAUUGCUAACAUAGAUAAAUAAAAAAAAUCCAGUUUAUUUAUUUAUUUUACAAUUCCGAUGUCAAUGCGUCGAGAAUACAGUUUCAUAGACUUAAAAAUAAAUUAAGAUGGAACCAUGGAUACGUGACACGCGAACCUAGCACGGCAAUUUCCUUGUAAUUGUAAGAUCUAGAUAAUACCUACAUAGCCAGGGGAAAUGUUCAUCCUCUUGUAUUCAUAAUCUCCUGAUAAUAAGUAUUACUGUACUAGAAAUAAAACACAUUUAUUGGAAUCAGUCUUUGUAUUUCAUUCAUCCAAAUAACAACAAUGUUUAUUAGCUUUUCGGC